AUGACGAUAACAUCCAAAUGGGGAUACAAAAGUCUGCAGGGGAAGUCUUCUACAAUAGCGUACCUCACAGGGCUUACAAAUGAAGAGGUUUUCAAGUGGGUAGCGGAACUCUAUGAACCUGCAAAACAUUUGUGCCAGAAACUCGGUGCUCAUGAUCAGAUAUUGCUUGCCCUAAUGAGGCUUCGCCUUGACCUCCAUUUGUGUCUUCUUGCCCAAAUGUUUGACGUCAUGACAACAGCUUCCGAGAUCUUUCAGUAUGUGAUAGGUGUGCUGGCGCGGGAGCUAACUGGGUUGAUUGUGUGGCCCGAUGACACUGCCUUCUAUGUAUUCCUACCUCGCCUGUCCAAGAAGAGACAGUUCAAGAAUGUAAGAGUGAUUGUGGACUGCACCGAAGUACGCAUUGAAAGGGCCAGCAGUACUACGAUGCAGAGUACAACAUGGACUAGUUACAAGCAUGCCAAUACGAUGAAAUUUCUUAUUGGUAUCACACCAAAUGGGCUGAUAUCCUAUGUGUCCGAGUGCAGGGGAUGGAAAGUGAGCGACAAGCAACUAGUUUAA